UCUGCUUCCUUUUUUCCGAGUUAUUACAGUGAAAGUGUUGUGUUCUUGUGCAGAGAGACGGCAAGAAACCGCGCCAAACUGAAAGGGAUGGGGAUUACUCACAUCCUGAAUGCUGCGGCAGUGGAGAAGAGCUUGAAGGUCUUGUCUGAAAUUCCAAGCAAGAAAAGCCUAAAAGGAAAGGUCAAUACAGGAGAGGCAUAUUACCAAGGCAGGAGCAUCAAUUACUAUGAUGUGCCUGCAGAAGACAAAUGCUCAUUUAACAUCAGCGAGUACUUCUUCCCAGCCGCACAGUUCAUCCACCAGGCCCUGAGUAACCCAGAGAAUAAGGUGUUGGUGCACUGCAAAAAGGGUCUCAGCCGCUCUGCCACACUUGUUCUGGCAUAUCUGAUGAUUUACCAUGACAUGAUGGUGGAGGAUGCCAUUGACCAUGUCAUGGAGGCGAGAGACAUCAGGCCCAACAUAGGCUUCUUGAAGCAACUGACAAUCCUCAAUUCAAACCUCAAAAGUCAGCGGAUACUACAGUUAAAAAAACAGAUCAAAGUUGAAAAAGAAACGGAUUAAAAACACUUGAUGCAAAAUAAAAACAAAUAUGUAAAACAGUUUGUCUAAAUUUUAUUAAAUUGAGCAUUAUUUCUUAAGUCCUGUGGAG